CCGUGACGGAUGCCUGAUAGCAUUCAGCCUGCGACACUUUCUACCCUCCGAGCUGCGUGUUUCCCACAGUUGGCUGGAUGGCCGACUCCAAGGGAUCAGACUACGAAGAGCGGGCCCCAGAGAACGAGACGUCUACAUCCUGAACGGUUACGCCCCCCUGAAUGAGGUUAGCCACGCAGUGAUGGGUACCGACCACCAUGAGAGAGUUGCAGCCCAUCGAGAGUUUCAGAAUAAAUAUUGGAACCAAUGCCGAGCUGCCCUGCAGCAAAUCCCCCGCCGCACCGCCCUGGUUGUCACCAUGGACGCCAACGCCGCCAUGUCGCCGAACCCCCCCCACGUUGGCUUCGCGGGCCAGCGCCGCAUGUACGCCGCCACCAACUACAACGGUAUGCGCCUGCUGGACCUCCUGCAGACGUUCCACAUGACCGCCCUCAACACGUUCGGCAGGAUGAACCGCCAGAACGGGACAUGGAAGCACACCACAGGCCCUGGAUGGACCACCAUCGACUACAUCUGCACCAGGCUCCACGGGUCCUACGGCAAGCGGGCGGCCCCGCUGAAGAAGCUACCUGUCAGCCUCAGUGGUUACCGCGACCAUCGCCCAGUCCAAGCUCAGAUCUACGUCGGCCUUCGAGCACGCCGCCGACCUGAAGAGAAGCCCGCCCGCUGGGACCGAGACGCCCUAGUACAAGACCUCAACCUUCUCCGUGACCCCGACGCCGAACUCCCCCAACGCCUAGUGGAUAUGAGAUCGAAAUUUGUGACACUCCUUGAACAACGGCUGCUGUCUGGACAGUGGUCUGAUGAAUGCGGAGACGAACGCAGAUACGCCACCCCGUCAGACUACUUCAACGCAUUAGAGCACACGUUGAUCGAGGUAGCGGCCCCAUACUACAUUCUACAGCCCCAGAAGUUGACCCGCCCCAAGCUGAAGGACUCCACCCUGGCCUUGAUAGACCGCAAGCAUCGCAUCCAGCGCAGGAUGGCCAGCAUGACCAAUCAGGAAUCCGACAGCUACGCUGCCAUGCAGGCCGAGUUCGACACAGCUUAUCGUGAAGCCGCCAGAGCAGUUCGAGCCGAACGCCGACAACGACUGGCCGACACAGCCACGGAGGCGGAGACGGCCGACGCGAACCAGAACCUGCGGAAACUCCACAGCGUCAUCCGCCGCCUCGCCCCGAAGCCUGCCGCACCCACGGUCACGGUCAACAACCCCGAGUCUGGAGGCCUCUGCAUGGACGACGCUGAAGAAGCCGACGUUCGAGUACGGGCCCUGUGCAGCAUAUUCGAGGGCUCGGUGAUAGACAUGGCCGUACCUGGUGCCCCCCCUGGACUUCUUCCACGUGACGAUACCAGAAUCGGCUCAUACACACCAGAUGAUGUCAGGAAGGCCAUCCUCAAGAUGCCCAACUUCAAGAGUGCGCCUGUCCUCAAGCUGAUAGACACGGAGACCGACCUCCCCGACCAGGACACACAUGACGGGUCCAUCAUCGAACUUUGGAAGCUGCUGGCGACCGAAGCCACGCCGGCGCUCCAUGGAGUUUUUAACGCAUGCCAGGCCCUUGGACACUCUGCCCAGCGCUUUAAAGACGGAGAAACGGUUUCACUACGGAAACCCAAGGGAGAUGGCAAGAACGCGAAAGACCACUACCGCACCAUCAAUUUGAUCAACCACAUCGGGAAGGUGUUCAUGAACGUUACAGUCAUGCCGUCACUGCGCAGCUUGGCCUCAAGAUUCUCCAGCUCGCAGUUCGGUGCCCUGGCAGGCCGUUCUACUCGUGAUGCCCUGGCGGUCGUAGCCGAGGUGGUCCGACGAUACAGACUUCAUGGCCGCACCUCCCGCCUCGGCAAGACGGCGAUCCCAGGCAUGCUCCUCGCAGUGCUUAUUGACCUCGAGAAGGCGUUUGACCUGGUCGACCGCGAUGAGAUCUGGAAUGCCCUAGAGCACCUCUCCCUCAGGCGCAACGUGAGAUUGACGGUCGAGGAGCUCCAUGAAGGCACAUGCUACAUCGCCAGAGAUAUUCGGACCAACCGCCCCAUCAAGAAGCUGCUCAUCUCCCGUGGCGUCCGCCAGGGGAGCGUGGAGGGACCUCUAUUGUUCAUCGCCGUCUACGACCUGCUCACCGCCAACUUAGAGCAGAGCCACGCCAUGUCAGAAUUCACCGUGGUCUCUGUAGUGUUCGACCCGACGUUGGAAAAAACUCGUCACCUCCACCUCCUCCCAGGAAAUGAGGGGGAAGAAUGCCUACCAGUUUCGCCCAUAAAGUUCGUUGAUGACUUGAUCGCGUUCACCAUUGUCGAGGAUUUCGAAACGAUCUCGAGGUUCCUGUCAUUUCUGAAGAAUGAAAUCACGAAGGGGAAGAUGAAAGUUAACGACUCGAAAACAGAAAUGCUCAUUGUCACCACGGGAAGACGAAGUAAGGCUCGGAAAACCACGAUCCGAACUAAACAAACCAACGUGACCAUGGAUGGGACUCUGAUCAACGCCACCCCGAGUGUGAAGUACCUAGUUCUCCGCCCCGCCUUCCCCGACCUCGUGCGGAAACAGCAGGACCCCCAGGAGUACGGCGCCCAGGAGAACCCAGACGAGGCCCCCGAGGAGCUCUUGGCCCAGGAGAACCCAGACGAGGCCCCCGAGGACCCGAAGUAUGACCCCACGAAGUUAGUCCGUGCGGUGGUUUUUGGUCGAUUCAACUUCGAGGGCCCCAAGCACAAGGGCCCCAAGGGCCUAGACAACCACAUGUUUUCGGUCCACAAGAAGUACGCCAACCCCACGGACUUAACAGAUGACCAGCUCAGGUCCCUGAAGUGCCCCCGGUGCGCCACUAAGUUCAGCAGAAAGGUCCAGGGAGGCGUCAAGAGGCAGGAGCCCGAGGCUCAGGACAGCACCACAGCGUCCAGCGAGUCGACGCCGAACGGCAAGCUCACGAACCUGAUGUGCCGCCUCCUCCUCCAACACGAAGCGGCCCACCAGGCCGACGCGAGGGACGACAACUUCACACUCACCCUCAAAGUCGGCACCAAGAUCGAGAUGGCACUGGAAAACGGCCUGCAGAACUACAUAGCGACUGGCAAAUCCGCCCGCGAGGGCGACAACUUCAAGGGACACCCGCUCGGAAAAAAGCCAGACGCACUCUUGAGGUCGGUGAUCUUCCGCAUGGCCGAAGCCUACGAGAACAGCUCCCAGCCCGUGCAGGAAGCCGCGAAGAAUGGGACCAACCCCGAGAAGGCCCUCGACGCGCUGGAGGUGCUCCGGCGCUGGGGCUCGAUCGCCAAGGACACGGAGAUCAUGGUGCGCGCGACGCGGUGCUUCAAGGUGAAGCUGGCCGAGGGCGACGUGGAGCAGGUGCGCUGGAUCUGGGCCGUCAAUUACCACCCCGAGCUCAAGCUCGCGCUGUCCACCCUCAGGGACAACGGCGGGCUCAAGGCGGCAGGAAUCCUCCUGGGCCACGACUACGGUCAGAGGUCCAAGGUGGCAAAGCAGAUAGAGGAGCUCGCUUUCCGAAAAAACGACACGCAGAAGUCGAAGGACUCGGUGGCUAGCGAGAUCACUGACCUGUGGAGGCCCAUGUCUACGCUUGUAUAUGGGCCGAACGUGUUCCAGACCCGAAGCCAGACCGAUGGGACCGCGACGCCGUCGCCAAGGACCUUCGUCUACAGCGAAACGAGCGCGGCGACAUCCCGGGCCACAUCGAGACCAUGCGCACCCAUUUUUACGACCUCAUGCAGCAGCGUAGGCCCACAGACCCUCGGAGCGCCACCGUCAGACUAUUUUAACACGCUGGAACACACGCCGGUCGAGGCAGCGGCGCCACAUUACGACCUCCAGCCGAAGAAGAUCACCAGACCCAAGCUGACUGACGAGAUUCUCGAGCUGAUCGAGUAUAAGCAUCACCUCCAGAGGCGCCUGGCAUACCACGCGGACCAGACCACCCACGCCUUCCGCCACCUCCAGGACCUGCACGACGGCGAGGCCAGGGCUGCAGCCAAAGCCGCACAAGCUGAACGCCGCCAACGGCUCGCUGAGACGGCGCGGGAGGCAAAGGCAGCAGACGCCAACAUGAACCUCCGCAAGCUGCAUGCCGUGGCCCGACGCUUGGCACCCAAACCAGUGGCCCGUGUCGUCACGGUCACCAACCGAAUCACAGGCGGGACGCGCAUGGACGCGGAGGAGGAGGUCGAGGCCCGAGCCAACGCAUUGAGCACCAUCUUCGACGGCACGAUCAUUGACAUGGCCAGCGCGGGUGGACCGCCGGCCCCCUCCCCGGGGACAACACGCGCAUCGGCACCUACAGACAGCAUCAAAGACGUCUCGAGGGCCAUCUGCAGGAUGCCGAACUUCAGGAGCGCCCCCGUCCUCAAGAUGAGCCCGCCCGACACCGAGAAUGCAAAUCCUGGUGCGCCAGGUCAUUCGGCGACGCCGCCUGCCCGGCCGCACCUCCAGGCUCGGCCUUGGCGCAACGUUGGGACGUCACUGGCAGCACUCAUUGACCUUGAGAAUGCCUUCGACCUGAUCGAUCGAGAUGCGAUAUGGGACGCCCUCGAGAAGAUGGCUACGAAACGCCGGCUGCGAUUCACUGCAGCGCACGACCUCACGUCCGAGCUCGAGCGAAGCCGCCCCAUCUCCGAAUUCCCCGAAGCGCACGUCGCUGUCAACCCAGAGUGGAAAAAGAUGCGACAUCAACACGAUCGCUCGGGCAUGGAGGGAGAAGGGAGGAUCGCCUUGUCGACUAUCAAGUUCGUCGAUGACACGAUCGCCUUUACGACCGUCGAAAAGUUUGAUUCAGUUUCCGAGUUCCUCGCCUUCCUGCAUGUGGCUCUCAUGGGCAAGCGUGAUCUCAAUCUGCUUGAGCGCCGGCAGUCUCGCAGCUCUACCAAGUCCCUCGCGCCCGUCGCCAGCGCGCGAAGAUACACGACGGAGGCCACGUUCGCUCCGAUCGCCAAGAUCUCGAACGGAGUCAAACGAAGAGCCGCGGGCGCCCCAGAGGCCAGCGCCAACGACGAGAGGGAGUCAGCAGCGCCAGACGACAACAUGACGCUGACACUGAAGGAAGGACAGAUGGUCGAGGUAGCCCUAGAGGCGGGAUUCCAGGAGCGCGUCAAGGCAGACAAGGCCGCCCGCGAGGGCGACGACUUCAAGGGCCGCCCCAUGGACAAGAAACCAAACGCGCUCCUGAAGAUGGUCAUCUUUCGGAUCGCCGAAGCUGCCACCAACGGCCGCGAGAAGCUGAUGAAAGCCAUAGAGCAAAGACCCCACGCCAAAGAAGCUGCAGAAGCCGCGGGCGCGCUGGAGAAGCGGGGGAGUUACGUUCAGAUCCCAGGCGCCGUGGCGAAGGCCACCCGUUGCUGCAAGAUCCCGCUCGACAGCGAGGGCGAGGACCAGGCGCGUUGGAUCUGGACCUGCAACUACCACGCCGACCUGAAGAGUGCGCUGACGGUGCUGCGCCUGAACGGAGGCAUGAAGCCAGUGCGUGUCCAGCUCGGUCACGAUCACGGCCCAAGAUCGAAAGUCGCCAAGCAGAUCGAGCAGCUCGCGCUCAAGAAAGACCACGGGUCCGCCCAGACGUGCAUCAUCAUUCAGCUGGAUAUGAUUAAGAGUCAUAGGAUCACCUACUGGAGUACUGCGUGGCACUAA